ACCCAAAAACCAACAACACCCCAUUAAAACGCGCGAAAAAGAUCAACCAAACAAAACCAUAGCGUAAUAAAGGCGUUUCAGACCGUCAUCUUUUUUGGAAAAUUUCAGAGUCCUCUGUAGAUUGUCGUCGUCGUCAUCUUCUUCUUCGCUUUCCAUUUCGUUUCAUACACGUCGCAUCUCUCUCUCUCUCUCUCUCUCUCUCUCUCUCUCUCAUAUAAUUCCCACAUUUUACUUUCUUGUUCUCAUCUGGGUUUUCCCUUAUUUAAAGCUAAAAAUCUUAUCUUUUCAAUAUGUUCAAAUUCCCAUUUAGUACUCUUUGAAUAUUUGGGUUUUGUUUUCCUUUCAAUUCCCUAGUUGGGUUUUGGGUUUUUUCCGUGAUUCUUUUGAUUUAUUCACACUUCCACUUCAUAUUUCCACCUGCUUCUGUCAAACAAUAUUGUUUUCUUUCAUUUUCCUUCUGGGUUUUCUCUCUUCCUAUCCUGUCUGCCUUUCUCUGGUAUUCUUCCAUCUGAGUUUCUUUUCCAAUUUUGCCUCUCCUUCUCUCUCUCUCUCUGAAUUGCAGACACUGUUGAUUUGGUUGAGCCUUUUUAUGUUGUGUUACUGAGUUUUGAGUAACAUAUAAUAGUUUUUUUUUUAUUUAAAGAAUGAAGUGUUGUUUCUUUCCCUUCAAGGCGAAGUCCGAGUCCCAGCAAGAGAAAUCAGCACCGGAGUUGAAAAAGCAGAGUAGUAAAUCGGAUAAUUCGGCGGCAAACAAGGCCAUACAGUCGGUAGGUUCGGUAUCAUCGCCGCGGAGCAUACCGGAAUUGUACAAAGAGAAGGAACACAAUUUGAGAGUGUUCUCUUUCUCAGAGCUCAGAACUGCAACUAAUGAUUUCAACAAGUUGCUAAAGAUUGGAGAAGGUGGAUUUGGGAAUGUAUAUAAGGGUACAAUUAGGCCUCCAAAUGGGGAGGGUGACCCUAUUGUGGUUGCCAUUAAAAAGCUUAACAAACAUGGCUUGCAGGGCCAUAAACAAUGGCUUGCUGAAGUUCAAUUUCUUGGUGUUGUCGAUCAUCCUAACCUUGUAAAACUCCUAGGAUACUGUUCUGUUGAUGGAGAAAGAGGGAUACAACGUCUAUUGGUAUAUGAGUACAUGCCCAAUAAGAGCUUAGAAGAUCAUCUUUUCAACAGGGUUCCGGCAAUUCUGCCUUGGAAAACAAGGCUUGAAAUUAUGCUCAGUGCAGCUCAAGGAUUGGUUUAUCUGCAUGAGGAAUUGGAAGUCCAGGUGAUAUAUCGAGACUUCAAAGCUUCGAAUGUGCUCUUGGAUGAAGACUUCAAGCCAAAGCUUUCGGACUUCGGGCUUGCUAGGGAAGGCCCAAUUGGUGACCGUACUCAUGUAUCCACAGCGGUGGUUGGGACUUAUGGAUAUGCUGCCCCAGAAUAUGUUGAGACCGGCCGUCUUACAAUCAAGAGUGAUAUAUAUAAUUUUGGUGUAGUGCUUUAUGAGAUUCUAACUGGCAGACGGACAUUGGAAAGAAACCGGCCAUUGGCGGAGCAGAAGCUUCUAGAAUGGGUGAAACAGUACCCAUCUGACAGCAAGAGGUUUAGCAUGAUUAUUGAUCCAAAGCUAAGAAAUCAAUAUUCUUUCAGUGCAGCUCGGAAGAUUGCCAAGUUGGCAGAUAGUUGCCUAGACAAGAAUCCAAAAGAUCGACCAUCAAUGAGUCAGGUGGUGGAGAGCUUGAAGGAAGCAAUAGCAGAUUCAGAAGAGGGAAAUUCUUCGGAGUCAUCUGCAUCUAACCCGGUUGUUACCUCAAGGAAGCACUCACAUCAAAUGGGAGUUAGCGAUACUACAAGAAAAAUUUCGCACUUACCUCAGCCAAGAGAUAAUUCAGCUAGGGUAUAAAUGCUUGAACAUUGAAUACAUAUACAGCCGUGAAGAGAAGAGAGACUACCUUUUGACUAAUGAGGUUUGAGUUUUUGUUUUUUGAUUUUUGUUGAGAGAUUUAUAUUUAUAUAUGGAACAGGGAAGCAUAAAAAGGUAACAAACCAAAUCUGAUGCAUAGAACGGUAUGCCUUUAGAGGGAACUUUGUACACAUUGAUUGUAAAUUUCAAAAAUAAAACGUUGUUCUUGUGAAGUGAUUUUUCUUCUUGCUUUA